GUUUCCUCGGCGGCGGCGGCGGCGGCUGUCUGUCGGAACCAAAGCGCUUGACAGAUGCAGUCAAUCGCGGUCUCGGUUCGUAUUAGCUGUCGAGUGUGAUGACUGCACUCUUCAGUCAAUGGCCGUCUACGUGCUCCAUUUGAGUCUGCUGUCGUUGGUGCUGCUGUUCGCAAACCCUAGUGGCGGUAGCGGCGAGAAGGGCUCUCUUUUUGCUGCUCCUGUUGAGGAAUUCGACUCAGAUUCUGACUCCGAUUUGUAUCUCUUCCACCAGGACUACUCCCCACCUGCACCGCCUCCUCCGCCUCCCCACCCACCGUCUGUUUCCUGCGAGGCUGAUCUGGGGGGUGUGGGCUCGUUGGAUACCACUUGUAAGAUAGUGUCUGAUUUGAAUAUUACAAAGAGUGUGUAUAUAGAAGGGAAGGGCGACUUUUCCAUCCUUUCUGGUGUCACAGUCAAUUGCACCUUUGCGGGCUGUGAAAUUGUGAUUAAUGUAACUGGGAGUUUUAACAUUGGUGAGAAUUCCACUAUACUUGCCGGAACAUUUCAGCUUGUUGCUACCAAUGCUACUUUUGGAAAUGGGUCUGCUGUAAACACUACUGGGUUAGCCGGUUCUGCUCCCGAACAGACAAGUGGGACCCCUCAAGGUUUGGAUGGUGGAGGGGGAGGUUAUGGAGGGAGAGGUGCAUGCUGCCUGACGGACACAACAAAACUGCAGGAGGAUGUCUGGGGUGGGGAUGCGUAUGGGUGGUCAACGAUGCAGGUGCCAUAUAGUUAUGGAAGUAAAGGUGGAACAAGCAGCAGAGAUUUGGACUAUGGUGGAGGAGGGGGUGGAAGGAUAAUGUUGCUGGUGGAUAGAUUAUUGGAAGUGAAUGGCAUGUUGUUGGCUGAUGGUGGGGAUGGAGGUACCAAAGGCGGAGGUGGGUCUGGAGGCAGCAUCUACAUCACAGCUUAUAGGAUGACUGGAACUGGUGAAAUAAGCGCCUGCGGUGGUGAUGGUUUUGCAGGUGGAGGUGGUGGAAGAGUUUCUGUGGAUAUUUUUAGCAGACAUGAAGAUCCAAAAAUCUUUGUGUAUGGUGGAAGUAGCCGUGGCUGCUCUGAAAAUGCUGGUGCUGCGGGAACCUUUUAUGAUAAUGUUCCACGGACUCUUACCGUAAACAACAACAACAAAUCAACAGAUACAGACACACUUCUCAUGGAUUUUCCUCAGCCACUUUGGACUAAUGUUUAUAUUGGUAACCAUGCAAAGGUUACUCUUCCUUUGUUAUGGAGUCGUGUUCAGGUCCAGGGCCAAAUUAGCCUCUUGUACUAUGCAUCAUUGAGCUUUGGGCUUGCAAAGUAUUCAAUGUCAGAGUUUGAACUGUUGGCAGAAGAACUGUUGAUGAGCGACUCUGUUAUUAAGGUUUAUGGAGCUUUACGCAUGUCAGUUAAGAUGUUUCUGAUGUGGAAUUCACAAGUGCUUAUUGAUGGCGGUGGAGAUGCCAACGUUGAAACAUCAAUGCUCGAGGCUAGUAACCUAGUUGUUCUUAAGGAAUCAUCCUUAAUUCAUUCUAAUGCAAAUCUUGGUGUUCAUGGGCAAGGUUUACUGAAUCUAUCUGGAGCUGGGGAUUGUAUUGAAGCUAACCACUUGGUCUUAUCAUUGUUUUACAGCAUUCAUGUUGGACCAGAAUCAGUAUUGAGGGGCCCCUUACGAAAUGCCACAGCUAAUGCUUUGGCACCAAAGUUGAACUGCAAUACUGAUGAUUGCCCUGUUGAAUUGCUUCACCCCCCUGAAGACUGCAAUGUCAACUCUUCACUGUCCUUCACUUUGCAGGUCUGCCGAGUUGAGGAUAUCCUUGUUGAAGGGCUGAUAGAAGGAUCUGUGCUUCAUUUUCAUAGAGCAAGAACCGUCACUGUGAAGGCUAAUGGGAAUAUUAGCACAUCCGGAAUGGGUUGUGCUGGUGGCUUGGGACAGGGACAAGUCCUCAGCAAUGGUCUUUCUGGUGGUGCUGGUCAUGGUGGCAGAGGUGGUAAUAGAUGCUUCAAUGGCAGCUGUGCAGAGGGAGGGAUAUCAUAUGGGAACCCAUAUUUGCCAUGUGAACUUGGUAGUGGAAGUGGAAAUGGCAGCUUAGCUGGGUCAACUUUUGGUGGUGGUAUUUUGGUUAUGGGUUCAUGGGAGCAUCCUCUGUCAAGUUUAUUUGUCGAAGGCUCUGUUAAAUCUGAUGGAGACGGUUUUGAAAGAAGUUUGGUUGGGCAAUUUGCAAGUAAAGAGGAUCUUAAUGUGGGGCCUGGUGGUGGUUCUGGGGGAACAAUAUUGUUAUUCUUGCAUGCUCUUGAUCUUGGCCAGUCUGCCAUUUUGUCAAGUGUUGGUGGUUCUGGCAGUCCAAUGGGGGGAGGAGGAGGAGGUGGUGGUGGAAGAAUCCAUUUUCACUGGUGUGACAUUCCUACAGGGGAUGUAUAUCAGCCCAUUGCAAGCGUUAAAGGGAGCAUCUACAUCAGUGGUGGGCCAGGUGGAAAGCGAGGAGGAAGUGGUCAAAAUGGAACAGUAUCUGGGAAAGCAUGUCCAAAAGGUCUUUAUGGGAUAUUCUGUGAACCAUGUCCCCUUGGAACUUUUAAGAAUGUUAUCGGAUCUGAUGGAGACCUUUGUACUUCAUGCCCAAAGGAUGCCCUUCCAAACCGUGGUGUUUAUGUUGCUAUCCGAGGUGGCGUUACUGAACUGCCCUGUCCUUACAAAUGCAUUUCAGAGAGAUAUCAUAUGCCUCAUUGUUAUACAGCUCUCGAAGAAUUGGUUUACACAUUUGGAGGACCAUGGCUAUUUGGUUUUCUUCUCUUGUUUGUCCUGAUUCUGUUAGCUCUGGUUUUAAGUGUAGCUCGAAUGAAGUUUGUAGGGGUUGAUGAGUCACCAGGGCCUGCCCCGACACAACAUGGUUCUCAAAUAGAUCACUCAUUUCCAUUUCUUGAGUCACUUAAUGAGGUUUUAGAAACUAACCGUGUUGAGGAAUCCCAGAGCCAUGUGCAUAGGUUAUAUUUCAUUGGUUUGAAUACAUUCAGUGAACCUUGGCAUUUGCCUCAUACACCUCCGGAGCAAAUAAAAGAGAUUGUAUAUGAGGGUGCCUUCAAUAAUUUCGUGGAAGAAAUCAAUGCUAUUGCUUCAUAUCAGUGGUGGGAGGGAGCAUUGCAUAACAUUAUCUGCAUUCUUGCAUAUCCUCUCGCAUGGUCCUGGCAGCAAUGGCGCCGUAGAAUAAAGUUGCAACGCCUCCGUGAAUUUGUUAGAUCAGAAUAUGACCAUGCUUGCUUACGUUCUUGUCGAUCACGUGCUCUAUAUGAAGGAUUGAAGGUAAAUGCCACUCCGGAUCUAAUGCUAGCGUACAUGGACUUUUUCCUUGGUGGAGAUGAAAAAAGAAGCGAUCUUCCUCCUCGACUUCGUCAAAGGUUUCCCAUGUCUCUAUUGUUUGGUGGUGAUGGGAGUUACAUGGUUCCGUUCUCCCUUAACAAUGAUAAUAUAAUAACCAGCCUCACGAGUCAGUGUGUCCAACCAACAACAUGGUAUCGCUUUGUAGCUGGUUUGAAUGCCCAAUUACGUUUGGUGCGUAGGGGUUGUUUGAGGAAAACAUUUCGCCCUGUUCUUAAAUGGCUUGAAACCUUUGCUAAUCCAGCUUUAAGGGAGAGUGGUAUUCAUGUCGAUCUUGUUUGGUCACAAGCUACUACCGGCAGUUAUAUCCACUAUGGGAUUUUGGUACGUUCUGUUGAGGAAGUUGAACAAACUCCUUGUGAUGGUCUUGGCGGGGAACAUAGGAGUGUAUUAUUGAGUGGUAGCAGUAUGUGUGAUGAGAAUCCAUCUCAUCAAUUGAUGGGAGAUGUAAUCUCAAAUGAAGUUUGUGGAGGCUCUUUAAAGAGAAAAACCUAUGGUGGUAUUCUGAAUAUGAGCAACGUGAAGACACUCAAGGAGAGAAGAGAUUUACUCUUUGUCCUCUCGUCUUUAAUUCAUAACACUAAGCCAGUUGGCCACCAGGAUCUAGUUGGGCUGGUCAUCUCAAUGCUGUUACUUGGAGAUUUUAGUUUAGUACUGCUUACAUUUCUUCAGCUGUAUUCCGUGUCCAUGGCACACGUCUUUCUGGUUUUGUUUGUUUUACCACUUGCAAUUUUACUUCCAUUCCCCGCUGGAAUCAAUGCCUUAUUUAGUCAUGGACCGAGGCGUUCGGCUGCACUUGCUCGUAUAUAUGCUUUAUGGAACGUCACAUCACUCAUUAAUGUUCUUGUCGCAUUUAUUUGUGGAUAUGUGCAGUAUCGGACCCAAUCAAGCAAAAAACUGCCAUACUUUCAGCCAUUGAACAUGGGUGAAAGCGUGUGGUGGAUUUUCCCGUUUGCGAUGGCAGUGUGCAAGUGCAUCCAAUCGAGACUCAUAAACUGGCAUGUUGCCAAUCUAGAGAUUCAAGAUAGGUCAUUGUAUAGUAAUGACCCCCAACUCUUUUGGCAAUCCUGAUCUCAACCAACCAAACCUCUCGCCGCCACUCAGGUUUCUCUGCCAUUAACGCCCUCCGUUUUAUUGUGGGUAUAUUUCAUUCACUCUUUUUUUUUGUUGGGUAAAAACCAUGAAGAGUGAAUGAGUGAUACACAGUAGGAAAAAAAUCAGAAUAAAAAAAAGUGUGAAAGAAAUUGGAUAGGGAGUGAUCAGCCAGUUUAUCAUGUAAUCUUUAUUUUGAUUGUGCAGCCUAUAUCUAUAUCUAUAUCUAUUGUAGUAGUUCUUACUGGUGUGUAAAUAUGGAUUAGGAUUCUUACACCGAAUUAGAGGCCCUAUAUGUAAUUUCCCAAUCGCUUAGUAUUAUAUUUUGGAUGAAAUAGAUGUGUUUAAUUCUU